UGAGAGCUGUGUGGCCUUGUACUAGUCACUGCCCCUCUCUGGGCAACAGGGGUCUGUAAGUCCAUUGCGCUCAUCCUGCACCCAGGAGGCUGAUGUUUCCGGAGCACCUGCUGGGCAGCGAGGUGCCUUGAGGAGGGAGCAGGACAGGCAGGCCUCUGAUCUUCUUACUGAGCCUGGCUGUGGUUUGUGGGGGAAGCCUCCUUUCUCUUCUCUCUUUCUUCUGCUGAGAACAUUGGGCACAUUGAGUCUAGCACGCCCAUCUUGUAGAUGGGGAAAGGGAGAUACAGAAGCAGUGACCAACUUGAUAAGAGGUGCAGCCAUGCGGUGCUAGAGCCCCUUGCCCCAUCUAUCCUCUUGGCCCACUCUCAUCUGCUUCCAGCUUGAUGUCUGGCAGGGCAGGGGGCCCGCUGACUUCCCUACAUCCACCCACUGCCCGGCCCCAUAGCUACCUUCUAGUCCUGGCUAAGCCCUGUGAGACAUCUUAAGUUUGUCUUCAGUGACUCUCAACCACCGCCCCACUGCCUUCACCUUCCUGCCUUUGCAUACCUGCCUUUGCUUCGCCAGGUUGGCUGAGCCCUGGCCAGAGCUGGCCCCCUACUCUCUCAGGUAACAGGUAGCAGUUUUUUAAAUGGAAUCUCAGUAUGUAUCAACAGGUCUUUCCUCCUUCCUCAAGAUUAUGGAGAUAACACCCCUUAUUCAAAGAUGGUGGGUCCUCUGGGCCCUCCCCAACACAGGCCAGGGAAGUUGAUUCACAGAGUGUGGGGGCCAUGCCCCUUCCCUCCCCGCCCCCCCCCCCCCCGCCAGCUGCUGCCCAGCUCUCUGACCAGCCCCCUCCCAUCCCUGAGCCUGGAUGCCUUAGCAGUCAACACAGACCUGCUCUUGUUAGCAGAGUGACAGGAGCGAUGUGCUGGGAAACUGCACAUCUACUUGGGGGAAGGGGAGGAGUUUGCAUCCUUUGAGCACAGAUAAGGAACUUGAGGUCUCCCUGCUCCCAUUAGAAAGAAAAAAAUCUCUAGCUGUCGGAUCAGUGUCUCUCAGGAGUCAGACUACCCUGGUUCUGAAUCCCAGCUCUGCCAUGGAUAAGCUGUGUGGCCCCAGGCAAGUUACUGAACCUCUCUGAGCCUCAGACAUUAUAUCUGUUAUAUCUGGAUGGCUGGGAAGAUUCAACAAAGCAAAGUUGUGUGAGAUGCCUAGCCCACGCCAGCCAGGGCACCGAUUUGAGUCGGUGGAGCAUAUAACUUGAGAACAAGUAGACCUAUGGGAGCAUCCUCUACUGGAGGGAGUGACAGACUAACCUCUUCAGUGCUGGAGUUUUAGGAUCUGGGAGUUGAGCUUGACUCAGACAGGAGCCAUGGAGUUGGAAAGAAAUCAGACUCAUAGCACAGGAAGAGCCUCAGGCAAUCCUCCUGCCCAGCACCCUGCUGCACCCUCUGUCUGCCUAGUGAGGGACUGGGUCACUAGGAGCCCAGGCUCAUCUUCUGGUACAGCCACCUAGCCUGCCUCGGCCCUCUUCCCAGCAGUGAAAUGAGGAAAUCACAGGAGGGCUUUUGUGGAGUGAACUACCGUUAUCAGGGUUUUUCUAACACUAUUUUCUAGCUGCACAAAACUCAAGGAACAAACUAGGAAUAAACCUCCCCAAGAAAGCACAGGGGCUUUUUAAGAAGGAACUUCUGAGGACUGCAGAGGGAAACCUGAAUUAUGGAGACACAUGGUCCUGAAAAGAAAGAUGCAAUACUGUAAAGCAGCCCCUGUCAAAGGGAACAGGAAGCAGUCCACGGAGGGUGACGCCCUAGACCCACCUGCAUCCCCCAAACCUGCUGGUGAGCAGAACGGGAUCCAGAACCCCAUCUCACUGGAGGACUCCCCCGAGGCAGGCGGGGAGCGGGAGGAGGAGCAGGAGCGGGAGGAGGAGCAGGCCUUCCUGGUCAGCCUCUACAAGUUCAUGAAGGAGCGACACACGCCUAUCGAGAGGGUGCCCCAUCUCGGCUUCAAGCAGAUUAACCUGUGGAAGAUCUACAAGGCAGUGGAGAAGCUGGGGGCCUAUGAGCUGGUGACCGGGCGCCGCCUCUGGAAGAACGUGUACGAUGAGCUGGGGGGCAACCCAGGCAGCACCAGCGCGGCCACGUGCACGCGCCGUCACUACGAGAGGCUGGUCCUGCCAUACGUGCGGCACCUGAAGGGGGAGGAUGACAAGCCGCUGCCCACCUCCAAGCCCAGGAAACAGUACAAGAUGGCCAAGGAGAACAGAGGGGAUGAUGGGGCCACCGAGAGGCCGAAGAAGGCCAAGGAGGAGCGGCGCAUGGACCAGAUGAUGCCAGGAAAGACCAAAGCAGAUGCUGCUGACCCAGCACCACUUCCCAGCCAGGAACCCCCCAGGAACAGCAUAGAACAGCAGGGCCCGGCCUCUGGGUCUUCUGUGUCCUUCGUGGGUGCCAGCGGCUGCCCCAAGGCCUACAAGCGGCUCCUAUCCAGCUUCUACUGCAAGGGGACACACGGCAUCAUGUCACCGCUGGCCAAAAAGAAGCUCCUGGCCCAGGUGAGCAAGGCGGAGGCCUUGCAGUGCCAGGAGGAGGGCUGCCGCCAUGGGGCAGAGCCCCAGGCGUCCCCAGCUGUUCACCUCCCAGAGAGUCCCCAGAGCCCCAGAGGGCUGACUGAGAACUCCAGGCACCGGCUGACCCCUCAGGAGGAAUUGCAGGCCCCAGGUGGCAGCCUCAGGGAGGAGGCACAGGCGGGCCCCUGCCCGGCAGCCCCCAUCUUCAAGGGCUGCUUCCACACCCACCCCACCGAGGUGCUGAAGCCUGUCAGCCAGCACCCCAGGGACUUCUUCUCUAGACUUAAAGAUGGGGUGCUACGGGGGCCUCCUGGCAAAGAGGGGCUGUCAGUGAAAGAGCCCCAGCUGGUGUGGGGCGGGGACGCUAACCGCCCUUCUGCAUUCCACAAAGGUGGCUCCAGAAAGGGCAUCCUCUACCCCAAGCCCAAAGCCUGCUGGGUGUCCCCCAUGGCCAAGGUCCCAGCCGAGAGCCCCACACUCCCGCCCACCUUCCCCAGUAGCCCAGGCCUGGGCAGCAAGCGCAGCCUGGAGGAAGAGGGUGCUGCCCACAGUGGGAAGAGACUACGGGCCGUGUCUCCCUUUCUUAAGGAGGCGGAUGCCAAGAAGUGUGGGGCCAAACCUGCAGGGUCUGGCCUGGUCUCCUGCCUUCUGGGCCCAGCCCUGGGGCCUGUGCCCCCAGAGGCCUACAGGGGCACCAUGCUGCACUGCCCGCUGAACUUCACUGGCACCCCGGGCCCCUUGAAGGGCCAGGCUGCACUCCCCUUCAGCCCCCUGGUCAUCCCGGCCUUCCCGGCCCACUUCCUGGCCACUGCAGGCCCCUCGCCCGUGGCCGCUGGCCUGAUGCACUUCCCCCCCACAUCCCUCGACAGUGCCCUCCGCCACAGACUUUGCCCGGCCUCAUCUGCCUGGCACGCACCACCAGUCACAACCUAUGCAGCACCCCACUUCUUCCACCUCAACACCAAGCUGUAGGCCAGCCCAUGGUGUCGUGUACACUGUGGAGUCAACGGGCCUACAACAGGCAGGUGCUGCUGCCAGGGGGCUCUGAACUAGUGCCUGCUACCCAGGACACCUGGGCCAUGCCCCUGGCUGGGCAGCCUGGCACAAGUGAAGAAGGAGGCAGUGGGAAAACUGGGUUUAUCUCAAGGCAGCAGCCUGAGCACAGGAGCAGAGGACCCAGUUGUUAUAAGGCCCUGGGAGAGGGUGGGCUGCUCCCACUGCCCCAGAGCGGAGCUUGAAACACCCAGGUUGCCCACGGAAAAUCCAAUAAAAAGACACCAGUGUGAAUCCA